UUCCCGGGGGUUCCUGGGGAUUCCUGGAGGAUUCCGGGGGAGCAGGAGAUGCUUUGGUUCCUCUAACAGCACCUGGACAGGCCGGGCUCAGCUCCAUAGGCCCAGGAUUCAGAGAUUCCCCCAUGGAAUCCUCUGCUCUCCUCCCAGCUCCCAGCGCCCGGGAGUCCCGCUGGGCCCAGUUCCCCUCGGGGGGCUCCAUCAUGUCCUGCUUCCCGCAGCUGUGGCACUCGAGCGCGCCGGAGUCCCCGGCCAGCCCGGCGCCCGCCUCGCCGGGCCCGGUGCCGGUGCCGCUGAGCCCCAUCGUGCUGCCGGCGCCGGGCAGGAAGGGCCGCUCGCCCGCGGGCUCCCCGAGCUGCGCCAGCCCCGGCUCGCCCAAGCCGGCCUCGCCCGUCGAGUGCUCCAUCUGCUUCAACACCUACGACAACACCUUCAAGACGCCCAAGCUGCUGCAGUGCUCGCACGUGUUCUGCCUGGAGUGCGUGGCGCGGCUGAGCGCGGCGCUGGGCGCGGGCCAGGAGCUGCUGCCGUGCCCCUUCUGCCGCCAGCCCACCAACCUGCCCAGCCAGGGCGCGCCCGGCCUGCGCACCAGCAAGGAGCUGCUGGCCACGCUGCCGCCCGAGCUGCAGCGCGAGCGCGAGCUCUGGAUGGACGGCACCAAGCUCUGCUGCCGCCGCGCCUCCGACGGCGACCCCGAGGACCCCGAGUCGUGCGUGUCCAUCGACGUGGCCCUGAGCAAGGCCGAGAGCGCCGAGGCGGCCCCGGGAGGGCUGGCGGGGCGGCUGUCGCGCUGCGAGCUGUGCGACGACUGGAAGCGCAUCGUGCUGCUCUCGGCGCUGCUCAUCAUCCUCUUCUGCAUCAUCCUGUGGCCCGUGCAGUGCGCGCUCAAGACGGGGAACCUGCGCUGCUUCACGCGGACUGCGGCCGUCAGCCGGCCCGAGCUGCUGCCCCCCAAAGCCACCGCGGCCGCCGCGGCCGUGACACGGCCACCGUUCCACUAGGGACAUUCUGUCCUGGCCACUGUGGUGACACGGCCACCGUUCCACUAGGGACAUUCUGUCCUGGCCACUGCGGUGACA